AUGAAGUUCUGGAGACAAGAAGGGCGCAGAGAAAGGUGCUCCCGGGAGCAGCUGCAGGAGCGCUGGGGCCGUCUCCCCUGCCUGCGGGAGGAUCCCAGCCCGGCUGGCUCCGGCGCCCCACGAAAGCGGUCCGUUCCGCUCGGCCGGCCUGUGACCUGGGCCCAGGCGGGCGGUGUUUACACCUGUCACGAGGGACGGGGAGGGAGAAAGAGGAAGCCCCAGUCCAGCCCCAAACUUCUCAACAGCGACCCGGAGGGAGCGGCCGGCGCGGAGGCGCGGGCAGGGCGAGCCUCCCGCGGCCGGGGAGGUGGGGACGGCUCCCGCCGCCGCCGCCGCCGCUUCCCGGGAUGGCGAGGAGGGGGCCGCGCGCUUCGGGCGCCGCCGGCGUCCCCGCACCGCCGCGGAAGAGGGCAGAGCCCGAGCCCGGAGCCCGCAGGCCCGGACGGGCGGCUCCGUGCCCGCGAUCGCCAGCUCCGCGGCAGGCAGGUGCCCCGGGCCGGCGAGUGCCGAAGCGGCGGUCCGCACCGGCCGCCCGCAGCCCGGUCCCCGGGCGCGACAGGGGGAGCGCAGCGGUGGCGCUUACCUGGCUCGUGCGGGGCGGCCGCGAUGGGCAUGGCUCAGGGGCCCGGGGAGGAACUGGCUCCCCGGGGAAGGACCGGCUAUUCCGACGCGAAGCAGGCGGGAGCGGAAGGCAGGCGGCUCACAGCCGUGUCAGCCACGCAGCGCCAUGGAUGCCCACCCGGAGUUUCAGCGUUGCCGCGGGACCCCCAUCCCACUACCCUCCGCCCUCUUCCGCCGCCGCCGCCGCCGCCGCCUCCACCUCCUCCUCCGCGGAGACCCCCCGCCCACUCCACACACUUUCCCAUCAUGCAGCGGGAGAACCGCUGCCGCCGAACGUCACUUCCGGGCGCAGGUGGCUAG